AAACUCAAACGAAAGCAGCGCCCAGAUUUCUUUAUAUAGCCAUGGACUUACGUAGACGAACAGCCCAGUCUAGCGCCAAUCUCAUCUCCUCUCCUCCUCGAUUUCAUGGCGUCGGACGGGGGAGACGAGGGACAUCGUCGUCCGCCGCCUCUUGGCCUCCGAGGCCUGACUCGCGCUGCCUUCCUUCCUCGUUCCGGCGAUGGCGGCGGCCUUCCUCCACUUCGUACUCGUCAUGGCGGCGGCCUUCCUCCACUCGGUCUUGCAGGUCGAGGACCACUGCCGUCGUUCUCCAUUGGAACGGCUGCCUCUACACCGGUGUCCAGCCCCAGCGUCGGAGGGAGACGCCGCGUCGGUCUGUCGCGCCCACCUCGAUCUCCUUCUCCAAAUCAGGCAGGCUCGUCGAACUGGGCCACCUCGCCGGGCGGGAGCGGCAGUGCAAGCGCCGCCGGAAGGACGUCCUCCUACGUCGGCUUGAACAUCAUGAACGGCUCCAUCUGCGUCGGACCAAAUCCGUCCGUAUUCUGCACGAGAGACCGUACCAGUGAGUUUGCUGCAUCUACUAACGGCAGAGAAGGCGGCUGGCGUGGCGCUGGAUAUAAUCCAAAUUUUGAGAACGCUGACGAGUAUCCUCCACGGCCGGAACAUGUAGAAGCACCUUCUGCAAAAGAGAUUGAUUUGAAUGCUUUGGCUAACAAGAAUAACAGAGAACAGUACACUGUCGAAGACAAGCGUAAUAUUUACGCUAUGCUGCUUGCUCGAAAUGGAGAGCGUGGAAGGUUAAAGAAUGGGGUUUUGGAUUCUGUUGUACGUGAUGGAAAUUGUUCUCGGAGGUGUGCGAGUAGGAUUUGGAAAGAAACGAAGACAGGAGGUGGCGUUAACUCUAUCAAGAACAAUUUGAAGUUAAAAACGGGAAGGAAGAAAAUGAGUUUGGAUAUUGAGGCAUUAUAAGCCAUUCCACCUGGUGAGAGGACCACAAUUCGACAAGUUGCUGCUGGACUUAACAUGUCCAAAAGCACAAUUCACCGUAGGUUGAAGGAGAAGGUAAUGAGACGAGUUUCAAAUGAACUGAAAUCUUCAUUAACUGAAGCCAACAAGAAGGCACGUGUGGCGUAUUGCCUUGAGAAUUUGGAGCCAAGUUCAUUGGAGGACAAUCCCACUUUUAAAGCUAGUUUUAACAAGGUUCAUUUGGACGAGAAGAUCUUCUACCGCACAAGGAAGACACAGAAAAUGUACUUGAGUCAUAGAGAGGAAGCACCAAAAAGAGAAUGCAAACAUAAAAACCACAUCCAGCAGAUCAUGUUCUUGUCGGCUAUGGCAAGGCCAAGGUAUGAUUCUCAAGGAAAUUGUGUGUUUGAUGGAAAAAUAGGUGUGUGGGCAUUUGUUGAUUGGGUGCAAGCUCAAAAGAAGAGUGCUAACAGAGGGAGAGGAGAAUGGGAGCUCAAGCCUUCAUCUUCGGUGGACAGGAACAAAAGUAGGGAGUACAUUGUGCAGUAUGUACUGCCUGCUAUAAAGGAAAAAUGGCCUGGGAGUGAUAGAUGGAACACCGUGUACAUUCAGCAAGACAAUGCAAGAACUCAUGUUUUAGCAAAUGAUCCCAUUUUUGCAAUGGAAGCGGCAAAGGGAGGUUGGGAUAUCAGAAUUGUAAAUCAACCACCAAAUUCACCUGACUGUAACAUACUUGAUCAAGCUUGUAUGAGGGAAAUUAUUAAGCACAAGGGGUCGAUGCACUAUGAUACACCUCACAUGAAGAAAAAAACAUUAGAGAGGCUAGGUCUACUGUCAGUCCGUCUGACGGUUGAUAAAGAUUAUGUUGACGUUGCCAUUGAGUAUUUGAACUCACCUUAGGAGGAAUGAGUGUUUUAGUUUAUCACUGGAACAAUUGUACUUUGUUGU